AUGUCUACGAAAAGGUACGAACACCAUGGUGAGGCCGAAGUGUCACGGCUGGCUCAGCCUCUGUCAUUCGGGCAGUCUCUCAAGUCUGCUCCCAACCGCCUUUUGAAGAGCUCAAUGGCCGAGGGUUUGUCGACCUGGGAUGCCACCAACUUGCAAGCUCGCGGUAUUCCUACAGACGAAUAUAUUGAGCUUUAUCGGCGAUGGGGCGAAGGCGGCUGGGGGAUCAUUCAGACAGGCAACAUCAUGAUUGAUUGCAAGCACAUGAGUGCUGCUGGCGAUGCGGCUAUCCCAUGCGACUCUCCACUGGAGGGAGAGCGCUUCGAGAGCUUCCGGGCCGUAGCUGCGGCUGCGAAAGCCCACGGGGCCUUGGUGAUAGGACAAGUAAAUCAUCCCGGACGGCAGAUCCCAUCCAAAAUGAUCAACGAAUCCAUCUCUGCUUCAGCUGCUCAGCUCGAGCCGACCGCCGGCAUGACAUUCCCGCCCACCCGAGCAGCCACCACAGACGAGAUCGCCCGCGUGGUCGACGCCUUCGCCCACGCAGCCGAGUUCCUCGAGGCAGCCGGCUUCGAUGGCAUUGAAGUUCACUCUGCGCACGGCUACCUGCUUGCACAAUUCCUCAGCCCGACCACCAACAAACGCACCGACGCCUACGGCAGCAGCAGCAUCGCGAACAGGAUGCGCAUCGUGAGCGAGGUGUGCGCAGCGGUGCGCGCGCGCACGCGGCCCGGGUUCUUACUCGCCGUCAAGCUCAACUCGGUCGAGUUCCAGGCCGGGGGGCUGUCGACGAACGAUGCGGCCGAGCUGGCGUCCGCGCUGCAGCAGGACGCCGGCGUCGACUACCUGGAGCUGAGCGGCGGCACGUACGAGGACUUUGGGCUCGGGCGCAAGAAGGAGACCACACAGGCCCGCGAGGCCUUCUUCCUCGAGUUUGCCGAGCGCGUCGUGCCCGCCCUGGGACCCGCUGACGGGCGCAGGACAAAGGUCUUCAUCACCGGCGGGCUGAGGUCCGCGGGCGCCAUGGCCGCGGCUCUGGACGUCGUCGACGGUGUCGGCAUCGCGAGGCCUGCCGUGCAGGAACCUGCGCUUGCGCGGGACCUGUUGUCUGGGCGUGCCAAGGGUGCCAUCAAGGCGCUGCCUCCCUUUGAGGAAGACUUCGCGAUGUCUGGGCUUGGUGCGUGGUCACAGAUGCGGGCGAUCGGCAAGGAAUUUGAGCCGUUUGACCUGAGUGAUGCCGAGGUGGUAGGGCAUUUUCUGAAAGAUGCUGGGGCCUGGUUUGCCGAAGUGGCCCAGAAUGGGGAUGACUUGACCAAGUUUGGGUAUCCUGAUUACACUGGGGAGCUGCGACCCCAUUUGGCAAACUGA